UUAAACCGAAAAGCGUUUGGCAUUUGGCAUUAGUUCUGCUUGCGCUUUGUGUGCGUUCGUUUGUUUCCCCUAACAUGAAAUUCUUUGUAUGUGUCUUGGCGCUGGCCGCGACUCUGGCCACCACAAAUGCCGGACUGCUGGGUCUGCUGAAGGGCGGCGGUGGCGGUGGCUACGGUGGCUACGGUGGCUCCUCUGGCUAUGGCGGAGGAUACGGGGGUGGCUACGGCGGCGGUGGCUACAGCUAUGGCGGAGGCUAUGGCGGCGGCAGCUAUGGAUAUGGAGGAGGCUAUGGCAGUGGCCAAAGCUACGGCAGCAGCUACGGCGGCGGUCAUGGCAGUCAGUCCGGCUGGUGGAAGAAGAAGUAGACAUCCACCCAGUCCAACCUACUCCGAUUUCCGCUAGAUUUAGCCCUAAUCCAGAUAUAAAACCAGUUUACCUGUACCUGCCAAAAACUUCCCAUGAAGCGUCUUUGUUCAAUUGAUUUUACUCCCCAAAUUAGCCAAAAACUAGUUUGAGAUUCGAUCACAGACUGCGCGACGUCGCACCAAUAAAAAAAAGCAAAAGUCAAUAAUUUAAAACAAAUAA